AUGGAUCCCUAUAGAAAGAGAUGGAUCCCUAGAGGGUUAGGAAGAGAUGGAGAGAGAAACAUAUAGAUACAAGGAGAUAUAUAUAUAGAGAGAUAGUACAGAUAUAGAGGGGGGAGAGAGAGAGAGAGAAAGGGUGGCUGCCAUCCAAAAAGGAAAAUGGAAGGAAUUACGAAAACGAAGGCAUUUUCUUUGAUUUGCCAGAUGUUCUAGGAAAAGGAGAGGAGAAAACGAGAGAAAAUCAGCAAGGGAAAGAAACCCCCCAUUUUGUGUUUUUUUUCUCCCCCUUCUUUCUCUUUCUUUCUUUCUUGUUGUUGUAGUUUGAGCCUGCCCGCAUCACCUUUCUCUCGAGUUUUCUCUCUGCGCCUGUUUAAGCGGGAAACCGGGUGGUGUUUGCGGGCAAGAACAGGUAACAAUUUAGCUCGCUUUGAAGAUCAUUCUUACAUUCAGAUCUUUCAAUAGUAACAUAGAUUGAGAUAUAUAUAUAUAUAUCUACAUUUUGUGUGUUCUUGUAUUUUGGUAUAUAUAGAGAGAGGGGAGGGGGGGCAGGUUGAAUUUGGAUUCUUAGAUUUGGGGAAAAUGCAGCACAAUAUUUUUACAACAAUGCGUAGUUUGAAAAUCAUGGAUGGGUGUAAGGGCACGCAAUUGUAUUCCCUUCCGUCCGGCGCAGGCGGCGUCGGGGAAAAGUUGCUGCAUCACAUCCAAGAUCAUCUUAGAGUCAAUUCGAUUAGGUUGAAAUCUAGUCGGAAUUUCCAGGCCAAUAAUGUCCAGGCCAGUAAUUCCGGUGUAGCUGAAGCCCUUGCUAGUUAUGGCCUUCCCCAAUCCGAUUCGCUCGAGCCCCAAAUCGAACCCUGUCUCAAAUCUGUGGAUUUUGUUGAAACCCUUGCUGAUGUGUAUAGGAAAAUUGAGGAUUGUCCCCAGUUUGAGAAAUCAAGGGUAUAUUUGGAGCAAUGUGCCAUAUUCAGGGCCGUCUCUGAUCCGAAAUUGUUUCGCCGGAGCCUGCGAUCGGCGAGGCAGCAUGCGGUUGAUGCCCAUUCUAAGGUUGUUCUUUCAGCUUGGUUGAGAUUUGAGAGAAGAGAGGAUGAGCUCAUUGGGACAUCGUCGAUGGACUGUUGUGGGCGGAAUAUUGAAUGUCCCAUUGCUGCUUUGGUGCCUGGGUAUAAUCCAGAAUUGGUUUAUGAUCCCUGUACGUGCUCUGGAAGUUCCAGGGAGGAUAGCGAUGUUGAAUUCGUAACUGGAGAUGAUGAAUGCUCCACAUCGGAGGAGGAUGGUGAUAUGUCAUUUUGUAUUGGUGAUGAUGAAGUAAGGUGUAUUAAACACAAAAUGGCUGCACUUUCUAUACCGUUCAAAUCAAUGUUGUAUGGUAACUUUUCAGAGUCGCGAAGAGAGAAGAUAAAUUUUUCACAAAAUGGAAUUUCUUUCAAGGGAAUGAGAGCUGCUGAGAUAUUUAGCCGGACAAAAGACGUAAAUUCUUUUGACCCUGAUGUUGUUUUAGAGCUUCUCUCAUUGGCAAACAAGUUCUGCUGUGAUGAGAUGAAGUUUGCUUGUGAUUCAUAUCUAGCAUCUCUGGUUGAUGACUUGGAGAAAGCUCUGUUACUAAUCGAGUAUGGAUUGGAGGAGACUGCACACCUUCUGGUUGCUGCUUGCUUGCAAGUGUUUCUGAGAGAGCUACCGAGUUCACUGCAUAAUCCCAAUGUGAUGAGAUUCUUUUGUUACCCGGAGGCUAGGGAAAGAUUAGCUCAGGCUGGGCAUGGUUCAUUUUCAUUGUUCUACUUUUUAAGCCAAAUUGCUAUGGAUGACGAUAUGAAAUCGAACACAACAGUAAUGCUAUUGGAGAGGUUGGGGGAGUGUGCAUUUGACAGUUGGCAGAAGCAGCUUGCCUUUCACCAAUUGGGUUUUGUGAUGCUUGAAAGAAAGGAGUAUAAGGAUGCCCAGCAUUGGUUUGAAGCAGCAGUUGAAGCUGGUCACACAUAUUCAUUAGUAGGUGUUGCAAGGUGCAAAUACAAGCGCGGUCACAAGUAUUCUGCGUACAAAAUGAUGAACUCCCUCAUUUCUGAUUAUACACGAGCUGGGUGGAUGUAUCAGGAGAGGUCAAUCUAUUGUAGUGGGAAAGAGAAGAUGAUGGACCUGGAUACAGCAACUGAAUUGGAUCCCACUCUUUCUUAUCCAUACAAGUAUAGGUCUGCUUUGUUGAUGGAGGAAAAUAACAUUGGUGCAGCCAUCUCAGAGAUCAAUAGGAUGCUUGGUUUCAAGGUCUCUCCUGAUUGUCUUGAACUGCGUUGCUGGUUUUUAAUUACCAUAGAGGAUUAUGAAGGAGCUCUUAGAGAUGUUAGGGCAAUAUUGACUCUGGAACCCAGUUAUAUGAUGUUCCAAGGAAAGUUGCAUGGAGACCGCUUGGUAGAUAUACUCCGCCAUCAUGUUCAGCAGUGGAGUCAAGCUGAUUGCUGGAUGCAGUUGUAUGAUCGAUGGUCCUGUGUUGAUGACAUUGGAUCCCUAGCUGUAGUACACCACAUGCUAGCAAAUGAUCCUGGGAAGAGCUUGUUGUGGUUCCGGCAGUCUCUCCUCCUAUUGCGUUUGAACUGCCAAAAGGCUGCAAUGCGCAGUCUGCGCUUGGCACGAAAUCAUGCUACCUCUGAGCAUGAAAGGCUUGUCUAUGAAGGAUGGAUUUUAUAUGACACGGGGCAUCGCAAAGAAGCAUUAGCUAAAGCUGAAGAGUCCAUUUCUAUCCAAAGAUCCUUUGAAGCUUUUUUCCUAAAAGCAUAUGCUUUAGCCGAUACAAAUCUUGAUACUGAGUCUUCAUUGUAUGUUAUCCAACUUCUGGAGGAAGCUCUUAGAUGUCCCUCAGAUGGCCUUAGAAAAGGACAAGCUUUAAAUAAUUUAGGGAGUGUCUAUGUCGACUGUGAGAAGUUGGAUCUUGCUGCUGACUGCUAUAUGAAUGCCCUCAACAUCAAGCAUACAAGAGCACAUCAAGGGCUGGCACGUGUAUAUCAUCUCAAGAAUCAACGUAAAGCUGCAUAUGAUGAGAUGACAAAGUUGAUAGAGAAGGCCGAGAACAAUGCAUCUGCUUAUGAGAAACGGUCUGAGUAUUGUGACCGUGACAUGGCAAAGGAUGAUCUUAGUAUGGCCACACAACUAGAUCCCUUGAGGACUUACCCAUACAGAUACAGAGCAGCAGUUCUAAUGGAUGAUCACAAAGAAGCUGAAGCAAUUGCAGAGCUGACAAAGGCCAUAACUUUCAAGCCAGAUCUACAACUGCUCCAUCUUCGAGCAGCUUUCCGUGACUCAAUGGGUGACCGCACUUUGACAAUCCAAGAUUGUGAGGCAGCCCUGUGUUUCGACCCAAACCAUACCGAGACACUCGAGCUUUAUAAUAGAGCCCGAGAGCGAGCUGAUGAAGACCAGCAGUAGUAGGGAGCCAGAGUGCAUCCUGUAUGGUUCUUUCAUCUGCGCAAACUCAACAGCUAAUUCCCAGUUGUUUUUAGUUCAACUACACCAAUCACUAGUCAGCAUUAAUUACUUUCUGGAUCUUGUUCCGGUGAAGCGGUAGUCGAGAUUAGCCAUGCUGAUGGCCUCAGACCUCAGAAGGAAGAAGAUGGUAGGGAAGAGUGGAUUAGCCAUGCCAAAGCCAAAGAAAAACGAAAACGGGCAGAGCAAGAUGGUUGUACAUAUACAUAUACAUAUAUAUAUAUAUACACGCACACAUUUAUAUAAGGUUGCUGAAUUUAAUCAUUCUAUGGAAUUUAUAAGGCCAAGUACCCCGGGAGCGCCUAUGUAUUGGAUCAGUCUCGCAUAGAUGGAAAUGCUGCUGCAGACUGCCACUGCCAGGCAAGUCAUGAAAACUGUAAAUGAAAUUUGCGACUUAUGAUGAAAGGUCUAUAUCAUGAGAGGUUUACAUUUUGCUGCAACUCCUUUCAUGUGUGGCUAAGACGUACAAUUUUCCCUUAUAAAAUCAGGUCAUUUAUA